AGCACUCCGGGGCAUAAUGAAAUCACCUCCCCCAAAUCCUCACUUUAAGACUAUUUUGGGAAACGGGGAUUUUCCAGAUUACUGAAAGCCAGGGUGACAGGUGGCUAGGGGCCACCCACCGACAUCUGGGUCAAGUUUGGGUUGGCCAAAACUGAUGCUUCACUCUACUUUUCCUUUAUAAAAUUUAUCAUUUAUUUAAUUUUUACGUUUCAUGAGUGUAUUGUCUGCAUGUAUGUAAGUGCACCCAGGUCGUGCAAUGCACCCGGAGAGCAGAGGAGGUCGUCGGAUCCCCUGGAAUUGGAGUUAAGUGCGGUUAGUCACCAGAUGGGUGCUGGGAACCGAACCUGGGUCCGCUGCUCCCACUGCUCUUAACCGCUGAGCAUCGCUCCAGUGCUCACUUUCCGGUUUUCUGAAGACGACGCUGCCCCGUGCAGGCGGCUCGGGUCACUUUCGACACCAGUUUCGCCGCCCGCCCCGCGCAAACGUGAACUUAGAGGGAUUACGACGAUCGUGCGGGAACCGAGGCUCUGCCUCGGAGAUUUCCGUGAGGCUCCGUAUUAUCCGGAGGCUCGGGGUAGUAUGAACCCGGCGGCCGGGAUCAGGUCACCGCCGCUCUUCCUCCGCCGCCCCCUCCUCAGCCGAGCGCGGCGGGCGCAGCCCGGAGGAACUCGUUGGCGCGCCGGCUGGCGUCGUGACGUCAGGGCGGAAGCGCACGCUGCGUACAGAGGCCCCGAAGCCGGCAGUCACUGGAAUAUCCGUCGCGCCGAGGACGCUGGUUAGUCUCACUUUGGGUUCCGGCUGCGUCGGGCGUGCGUAUAACGCUCGCUAGAACUAUGGCGUCCGGGCCUCACCCGACCUCCACCGCGGCGGCCGCCGCCUCGUCGGCAGCCCCGAGUGCGGGCGGCUCCAGCUCGGGCACUACGACCACCACGACCACCACGACGGGAGGUAUCCUGAUCGGAGACCGCCUGUACUCGGAGGUGUCGCUCACCAUCGACCACUCGCUCAUUCCGGAGGAGCGGCUGUCGCCCACGCCGUCCAUGCAGGACGGCCUCGACCUGCCCAGCGAGACGGACUUGCGCAUCCUGGGCUGCGAACUCAUCCAGGCCGCCGGCAUCCUCCUCCGGCUGCCGCAGGUGGCGAUGGCAACGGGGCAGGUGUUGUUUCACCGUUUUUUCUACUCAAAGUCUUUCGUCAAACACAGUUUCGAGAUUGUUGCCAUGGCCUGUAUUAAUCUUGCAUCAAAAAUCGAAGAAGCACCUAGAAGAAUAAGAGAUGUGAUUAACGUGUUCCACCACCUCCGCCAGUUAAGAGGAAAAAGGACUCCAAGCCCCCUGAUUCUUGAUCAGAACUACAUUAACACCAAAAAUCAAGUUAUCAAGGCAGAAAGACGGGUGCUGAAGGAGUUGGGGUUUUGUGUUCAUGUCAAGCAUCCCCAUAAGAUCAUUGUAAUGUAUUUACAAGUCUUAGAAUGUGAACGUAACCAAACCCUGGUUCAAACUGCCUGGGUAGUCCAUGAUGGUAAGUCAUAGAACUCUGCCCUCUGCACUUCAGCCCAUGACCUCAGGAUGGCCUGAUUGGCUAGCCUGCUCUCCAGCCAAUCCAGUGCAAGCUCUCAUCCGAGAUUCACUGAAGUGGUCCAUAUCCAUCUGGCAGCAUCUUCUAGUUCUGUCGGGGUGUCAAAAGGAUUUGUAUAUUUGCUUCUAGAAGUAACUAUGCAUCAUGCCUAUGUAUUUAAUGUGUACCUGUAACUAUCAAAAUGAAUAAUUCAUUUUUGAUAGAUUGUUGUCCAGCCAUUAUGAAUUAAAUGAUUUUUUUUUUUAAAUUAGGAAUUCAGUUUAAAUUUCUACAUACAGUGUGUAUCUUCAGUUCUACAAGAGGGGGCUGUAAAAGGGCACCCAGUUUCCAUUUUAGGUUUAUCUAGCUGGUAAGCUAUUUCAGGCAAUGAUACAAGAAGCAUUUCAUUUUAGAAAGAAGUUAAUGUUAUUUAAAUGCUUUGAACUUUUGAGGUGUGCAGCAAGAUUAAGUAAGGAAAUUGUGGUUCAGCCUUAACUAUGAUUCAUAAGACUGUUAAUAUACAAGAAUUGAAUAAUUCUGGACUUUUCCAGAAAGAUGCCUUUUAUGAUUGCCAUGCUUUUGAAUUCAGUAAAUGCUGGUAACUUUAGAAAAGUCUCAUUGCUUUAUUGAAAUGCAUGACUUUUAAUAUGUUCUAUACAGCAGAUUCAGUAGUUUUAAUGAGUAAAGGAUUUUAAAGAAAUCCAUUUAAUUUUCACCUCAGGCUUUUAUUAUAAAGUUUCUUUUAGUUAAGGAGUUUUGUGGGGUGGGUUCACUAGAAACUGCAGAAGUUUAUAAAGUAGGUAAGUGCUUUUAUUUAUACUUAGUUACAAAAAGGUAUGUAAAUGAGGCAAUUAUGAUGUAUAUUUGUUCAUUUCUACUUAGAAUUUUUUUUGAAGUUUUAUGUUAAGUGUAACUUGGUGGGUUCUUCCUAAAAAUGCCUUUUUUACCCCUCUCACACACAGUAUUUUGAAUUUUUGGAAGAACUGCUUUUCAUUGUGGAUAAAGGAGAGAUGGUCAACAAUUGGCUUGAAGUAUUGUUGGAGUGGUGAAUUCUGAAACUGAUCAUGUCAGAAUUGACUUCCCAAGCAUUGCUUUUUAUAGGAAUUCAUUAAGAGAGGAGACUGUUGAGGAGUAAGAUCUGUAUGCAUAAUAUGGAACUUAAAAGUGCUUUGGUCACACCUAAGACAACUGAAAUUAGUCCUAGUAUUCUUGUUGGGGUUUUUUUUGGGCGGUGGGGAUAAUUAAGAUUUGUAACAUGGUACAGUCUGAAGAUGUGACUAUCAGAGAAGAAAAAAGAAUAAAGUAGAUUGAGUCUCCAAUUUUAUGUAGGCUUCAGAAGAGAACUGGUUUGCUUAUAGACUAAGUUUAAAGUUGAAAUAUUUUUCAGGAAUUACAU